AUGGCAGACGAUACAGCACCGCAGCAGACGCUCUCUGAUACGCCUAGAAGUAGGUCGUACAACACAACUACCCAGACCACCCAUAGCAUCGACCCAGCCAACAAGCCACCUGUCUCGUCAACUACUGUGGAAAAUUUGGGACCUAGCCAGAAUGACACACAGAGUUUGACGCCGCCGGUAUACUGUGCUUUGUUGCCAGGCCGACGGAGGCUAAUUCUUAGCAUCGUCACGGUAGCUGGAGCAUUAGGCCCUUUGUCGGGUGGAAUCUACUUGCCUGUUCUGCCACUGUUAGAGAGGGAGUUCAAUGUCGGAAGUACGAGCAUUAACGCAACUGUUUCAGUGUUCAUGAUUACAUUUGCAAUUGCACCAUUAUUUUGGUCUAGCUUUGCGGAUGUCAGUGGAAGGCGGCCACUCUACAUAAUAUCAUUGGCGAUAUUCAUCUUAUCCAAUGUUCUUCUUGCUGCACUGCCGAAGAAUUUCGGCAGCUUAAUGUUUCUGCGAAUAGUCCACGCCUUCGGGUCGGCUGCGGUAAUGUCGAUGGGUGCUGGUACAGUCGCGGAUACAACUGAGCCAAAGAAGCGGGCCACUGCAAUGUCCAUAUUUCUUCUUGGGCCGCAAUGUGGUCCAGUUCUUGGACCCGUGUUGGGAUCUGCUUUAGCUGGACAACGAAAUUGGAGAUGGAUUCCGGGGUUUCUGGCUGCUUUGUCGUUUGUGGUAUGGCUCACGAUCUUGUUCAUGCUGCCCGAGACUCUUCGAUACAGAGUUGGUAAUGGUCAAGUAUUCCAGGGAAAGAGCUGGAUACUCUUUCCGCCCAAAAUCACGUCAGAUCUUGUAUCAGAACCCCAGCGUGGACCAAAACCACCAAAGCCCACACUCCUCGGCUAUUGGAAGUUAUUUUCAUACCCGCCGAUUGGUAUUGUAACAGUUAAUACCGCUAUCCUAUACUCAACCUACUUUGCUAUGAUGGUAGCGCUGCCACAUGCCUUAGAAGAUAUAUAUAGUUGGUCAACAACAGAGAUCGGCGCUGGUUAUGUUGCAGUUGGUAUUGCCCUUAUGAUUGGGUCUCUUGUUGGCGGUAGGGUAAGUGAUUGGCGCCGGGCAAGAAUGGUAGCUGCAAUACCUGAUGGCAAAAUUGAGCCUGAAAGCAGGUUGGUUGACCAAAUAUGGGGUGUGCUCCUUUGUGCGGCUGGGACCGUUAUGUUUGGUUGGUUUGUUCACAGUUCACUGCAUGUCGCCUCGAUCCUAGUUGCAACUUUCCUGACUGGCUUUGGUAUGAGCUGGGUUUUUGUUGCUACAACUGCUUUUUUGGGCGAAUGUGUUCCGCUUCAGGCCGCGGGAGCCUUUGCGCUUGGAAAUAUGCUACGCAACCCUGGCGCGGCUAUAGCUGCAGUUUUAUACCCCCCGUUGGUGACACGGAUAGGCAUUGCAUGGUUUUUUACAGGGUUUGCUCUCCUGGACCUGGUGGUUGUUGGGAGCUCGGUCAUAGUGCUACGGUUUUACGGCCAAAAUUGGCGACAAAAGUCGCAAAGCCCCCGGAGAUAA